CGGGUCCUAGCGCCCGCCCGUUCCCGGUAACGGCGAGCGCGCCGCGGGCAAACCCCGGCGGGGCGGGACGGGGCACCGAUCCGCGCAGGCGGCUCCGGGCGAUCGCGGCGGCGGGAGACAUAGAGCUGGGACCUCAUACCGUAGGGCAGCAAGCACAAGCCGCUGAGCAGCGGGACCACCCCCAGCCGCGCCGCUCGGCCCAGCGCAGGCGCACCGCGCCCGGUACUGGCAGCGCUGUCAUGGCGGAGAAGGCGCAGAAGGGCGUGAAGAUCGCGCCUGGAGCCGUGGUGUGUGUGGAGAGCGAGAUCCGCGGGGACGUGACCAUCGGACCGCGGACCGUGAUCCACCCCAAGGCCAGGAUCAUCGCCGAGGCGGGGCCGAUCGUCAUCGGGGAGGGGAACCUGAUCGAGGAGCAGGCGCUUAUCAUCAACGGGUAUCCGGAAAAUAUUACCCCAGAAACGGAAGAGGUGGAGCCCAAACCAAUGGUGAUCGGCACCAACAAUGUUUUUGAAGUUGGCUGUUAUUCCCAAGCAAUGAAGGUGGGAGAUAACAACGUCAUCGAAUCUAAAGCAUUUGUCGGCAGGAACGUCAUCCUGACGAGCGGCUGCAUCAUCGGUGCCUGCUGCAACGUUAACACCUAUGAGGUGAUCCCCGAAAACACCGUCAUCUACGGGGCCGACUGUCUCCGCCGCGUCCAGACCGAGCGGCCGCAGCCCCAAACGCUGCAGCUGGAUUUCCUGAUGAAGAUCUUGCCAAACUACCAUCACCUGAAGAAGACCACGAAGGCCACGUCCACUCCUGUCAAGAGCUGAGCUCCUUCUGAGCUGGCCCUUCGCAGCACGACACGUCACCUCUGCGUCCUUCAUUCCAGCUUUGGAAACAAACAAACAGAAAACAAACAAACCCCCACAACAACAACAACAACAAAGCAAACCAACCCCCCUCUUGUUCAUUCGUGUCCUUUAUUUAAAUUCCUCUGAGCAUCUCCAA